GUGGCAGAAAAAGAACUUUCUUCGUUGCUUUGUGGAAUAUCGGUCGAAUGUGGUGGUGCAUGUUGCUUGAGAAGCACUCUAUGCAAAAUACCUAAAGUAUAUAAAAGUGGACGAGGAGGAUUUGGUGGUCGUGGUCAAAGAGUUCUCUUGCAAUUAUGGGAUACUGCAGGGCAAGAAAGGUUUCGCAGUUUAACAACAGCAUUCUUUAGGGAUGCAAUGGGCUUCAUUUUAAUUUUCGAUAUCACUAACGAACAAUCAUUUCUGAAUAUUAGGGAUUGGCUGUCGCAGUUAAAGGUGCACGCAUACUGUGAGACUCCAGAUAUAAUAAUUUGCGGUAACAAGGCAGACCUUGAAAAUCGAAGGCAAGUGAGUACCGCACGUGCAAAGCAACUUGCAGAUCAAUUGGGAUUGCCUUAUUUCGAGACGUCUGCAUGCACGUCAACGAAUGUUGAAAAAGCAGUUGACUGUUUACUGGAUUUAGUGAUGCAACGAAUCCAGCAAUCUGUUGAGCAUACUGGCUUGCCAUUGGCUGAUUGUCAAGGUGUUAGUCUGGAACAAGAUCAAGCACUUAAUUCAAAUUUUUAUUGUUCAUCGUGCUAA